CCCGUCGUCAUCCGCCGUUCCCCUACACCUACUCCCAAGGCAAAGCGAGCCAACGGCAUCCUCUACCCACGCAUGACCGACACCCCCACCCCCGUCUACAAAUUCGCCCGUGCAGCCGGCGACAACACAACCGCCACUACGACGUACACCGUCGAAUCGGGCGACACACUACUCAAAAUCGCCACGACGAAGGGUUUCAACUCUGGUGUGUGCCAAAUCGCCGCUCUGAACGCCAUCCCCGACCCGUCCUUCAUCUCUGUCGGCCAGGUUCUGCAAAUCCCGCUCAACGUCGCUGAACCAGAUAAUACGUCCUGCGUCAAGAAUAAAACGUCGUCCUUCAUCCCCGAUCCGACCGAGACGGUCGCUCCCGAUACGGUCGCUCCCGAUGGAACCGUGGAGCACACUGUCGUCAAGGGGGAGACUUUGGCCAUUAUCUCGAAGCAGUUCAACUCGGGGAUAUGUGACAUUGCCAAGCUGAAUAACCUGACGAAUCCGGAUCAGAUCGAGGUCGGACAGGUGCUCAAGGUGCCUAUUAAUGUGGCGAACCCGGAUGAUAGCUCGUGUUUGCCCUGAUGCUGCUCCGCCAGAGGUGCCGCUGAAGGUGAUGGCUCCUUCUAAUGCGCCUGUGAAGCGGGGCGUGACGAGGGGGACCGAGAAGUCCAAGGUCGCGGCAAGCGGGUGGGCAAACACGGG